CUCGAACUUAAAACCCUUCCUGCAGUCACAACUGCAAGGUAAAGCUGCAGCAACGUGCAUUCGCCUCCAUUUGUUUCCUUUUAUCUGCAGGUUUUUCGUUCAUUCCAUCACAAGUGUUGCAGUGUGACUCACAAGCAUGAGCAGCGGCGGUCCAUCGUCGGGCCUUCGUGGCCCUGAGGGCGAGGGCGGGAGUGUGCGGAUGGAGUUCGACGGCGAUGACAUCCCCCCCUUCGCCAACGAGAGCAACAAGCGGCUGGAUGCGGCCAUCAAGCAGAAGAAGGCGCGGCUGGUGGACAUGGAGGAGCAGAUCACGGAGGUCACCGAGAGGGUCCAGACCAUGACCAGCCACCUCAAGAAUGUGCAGCAGGAAUGCCAGCACACACAGGCCCUCGUCGAGGCCAAGAACAAGGAGAUAGAGACGGAGGAGCAUAUGACACAUCUCGCCAAGAGGCAGGCCGCCCGUCUCGGUGCCGAGUUGAAGCGAUUGGAGGGGCUCAUGGAAGAGUACCAGGUCAGCAAGACAGCCAUGACAACGCAUAGCAUAUGUAUUGCUGCGGUAUGAUUGUCUUUUAUCUUUCUAUCUUUGUUGGUUGUGUGUGUCCACAGGACCGGAUGAAUACGAACCAGAAUGAGAUCUUCAAGGGCAACGAGAAGCUGGACCAGUUCAAACUGGAGAUGAACUGGAACCAGGAAGAACUCGAGCAGUGGGCAGUCGCCGCUAGACAGAAAGAGGUCAGCAAGCAUAGCAUCUGUACCAAACACACCAGUGGGAGACACGAAUGUUGUAUCGAUGCUUGAUGUCCUGGCGUGUGCAGGAGGACAAUCUGACGAUGGACAAGUACCACCGUGCAGACGAGCAGAAGAUCCGCGACCUCAACCUGGCGGUGCAGAAACUCACGGUCGGUGCGCCCGAAUAUAAUACUGCAGCGGAGACACCAGUGAGUGACAUAUGAAGACGCUUGGCUUCCUGUCCUGUCUGUGUGUGCAGAUGGAGGCCAGUGAGAAGAAGGACGAGUUGGAGAAGGAGGUGACGGAGACACAGGCAGCACAGAUUGAGCUGGAACGCACUGCCGAGCAGUUCAAGAAGCUGCACAUCGACCGACACGCACUCAUCAAACAAUGGUCAGUCAUGCAAGCAUGGCAACCAUCGAUUCUCCCCUGACGCCGCGCUUGUUGUUGUGUGUGUCAGGGAGGAUGCGGUGACGGCCAUGCGGAAGCGAGACGAGGCAAUCCGCCAGGCUGGGGAACACUAUGCAGCCCUCCAGAAUGACAUCAAAGUGCAGCAGCAGAAGCUCGGUGAGGAUAUAUCGGUGAAGCCGUCCACAUCUCCCUGUGCAUACAUACAUGUCUUGAUUGGCCUGUCAGGCAAAGCCAAGGCGUUUUUGGCUCAGGAGCGAGCCACCAACGAUCAAGUGGAGACAGAGAUUGGCAACACCGACAGACAACUCGUAAGGCAAAUUUCUGCACCAAGACGAGAGAGAGGAGAGAGGCGCUAUUCUCACAUGUAUGUGACUCUGUCAGGCUAAGCUCCGUCUUGAGUACAUGGAUUCCAAGAAUGGCCUCGUUGAGUUCAAAGACGAGGUAGGUCACAAUACGCAGACACAUCCGGAGCUCUUGUUUCCAGGUGCAAUAUCUCUCAUCUGUAUCAGGUGGAGGUCCUUCGCAAUCAGCUGGCCGGCGCUGCGACAGAGCUGACGAACCGCAAGAACAAGCUGGCCAGCGUCACUGAGACACUCGAAGAGAAGAAGAAAAAGUGGGGCGUGCUGCAGAAGAAGGUCGAGACCACAAACAAGAAACUGGAAAACGAAAUCAAGACAGCCGCCGACAAAGAGUCAUACGCCAGAGAGGUCAGCGAGCCAGUCAAACGCACCUGGCCGUACGGCUUGUACGCGUGUGUGCCCGUCGUGUCUCAGGCUGAGGCACUGCACGCGGAGAUGGACUACCGAAUGCUUGAAGCAGAGAAGGAGCUCAAGAAAGUCAAAGAAGAGCUCUUCAAACAAAAUUCGGUGAGCCCUUGAGUCGCAACCGAUAAGUCAACACACUGACGUAUGCUCUCCUCACCUCAGGAGCUGUAUGCGCUCAGAAACGAAGAGGCCACCACUCUGGGCGAAAUUUCAGGCGCACAGUCGUCCCUCAAGACACUCUCAGUAAUCCAUUCAUUCUGGCACACAUCUGUCUGUUUGUUUGUCUCAUUCAGUUCCAGAUCCACAAGCUGGACCAGGAGCGGCAGCGUCAGCAGGAGUUGCUUUAUGCCGUCGACUUCCAGUCGCAGCUCAUGCAGCGCAAGGUCGCUAGGGUGUCGGGGGAGCGCACAUUCGAGGAAAAGGAGGAACUCAACAAAAAGAUCGACCAACUCGAAAAGGUACGUACAUGGGCACGGACACUCUAUUCCCGAGCAUCGCGUGACGUCUAUUCUCUUGUUUGUGUGUUGCCAGCAAUUGGAGGAGCAGGCGGGUCUCUGGCAGAUCCUCAGCACACAAAUCAAACGAGUUGACGCAGAACUCAGGUGCGUGUGGCUGCGAUUGACCACAGAAAGAGUGCGUCUCAUGAGAUGCUUGUCUUCCUCCGUGCUGCUCAGGCAGAGUCGGCGUGACAUCGCCGCCGUGACCAAAGACGGCGAGGGCCUCAAGACCGUCCUCGAUGAGAUGAACCUGGAGAGCAAGUCGCUCAAGAGGGCGUUGCAGAACGCCCAGAAGGAGAGGGCUGAUCUGCUGGUCACACACGACCUCCUCAAGCUGGAUGUCAACCGUCUCCGCGAGUCCCUCAACGCACAGUCGGAGGAAGUCUUCGCACUCGAAAACAAAAAGUUCCAGCUCCAAAUGACGUAAGCAUGGGCCGAGAAUACGAUUGGAGCGGGCAAUAUCUAUCGUGUCUCUUCCUUAGCAUGGAGGAGCGCGAGAAAAAGGUCGAAGUCCACCAGGAAAUUCUCAGAGCACAACAGGUGACAGAGGCAGCAAUACGUGAUCCUUGACACGCAGUAACUCGCCCUUUUCUCUUUGUGUGUCAGUGUUCAGCUGAGGAGGAGAAGUCGAAGAUCGCCAAGGAGCUGGGGGAGCGCCGCAGCAAGAUCAACAUCCUCAAGUCCAAGUACGAGUCGGUCAUGGCGAGAAUGAAAAAGGAGGAGGGCGAGGAACACUCACAGGCCUACUUCAUCAUCAAAGCCGCCCAGGAGCAGGAGGAGCUGCAGCGACAGGGAGACGAGCUGGACGCACAGAUACGGCGACAAGAGAAGGAAAUCCGCGCCCUCGAGAACACCCUGGGACACCUCCUCGAGCGCAAUCACAGAUUCAAAGACAACUUCAAAAAGGUCCCUCCCCAAGUGCCGUCAGUCAUUCGUGCCAGCAAAGUGACCUCCCUCUCCCCCUUGUCGCUUCCAGGCGGACGCGGCGGUGCACGCUGAGGCGGACGAGAAGAAGCAGCUGGAGAAAGAGGUGCGUUCCGCCAACGAGCAGCUGUUCGAGAAGAAGCGGACAUUGAAUGAGAUCGAGAAGGAGUACGACGAGGACGAGAGGCGGCUGUAUGAGCUCAAGAAACACAAGGAGAGAAUACAGCUCACUCUGCAGGUAGGAGGGAGGGUGGGACACACAUACAUGCAGCCGUCACUUGUGGGUGCGAUUCUGUGUCUGCCUGCAGGAGUUGAGUCACAGCAAGAAUGUGCUCGAGAAGGAGUUGGCGGACCAGGAGGACAAGAUCGACAGGGCAUUCAAGUCCAUGCAGCAGAGGAGAAGGGCAGCCAAGGAGGCUGGCAAAAUGGUAGGUAGCAGAGUCAGCAGAAAUGCCUUCCGUGGCACUGCGUCUCGUGUCUCCUGUCGUGAUCUGCGCAGAGUGACGCGACUGAGCAAGCACACAGCUCCUUGGAGCUCGACGCUCAGGUACUUUUCUGCAGGUGUUGGUCGCGAGUGUGACUGACUGAUAUUCUUCUCAAACCUCUCUCACCGCUUGGCAGUCUGUCGUCCUCAAAGACCAGAACCAGGCCAUUCUCCAUGCUAUCGCGUAAGAGACACGCACGCGGGGAGAGACUGCUCUGACAAGAAGAGCAGAUUGUCGUUGUGCAUAUGUCUGUGCCCAGGACCUGCCUGCAAGAGCAGCCUGACACGCUGCACUUCGUCCAACAAAUCGCGCAGCAGAGAGGCUUGCAUCUUCCCUCAAGGGCGCCCUCCGCGACACCGUCACAAGGAUCAGUCCGGUAGGCGUGACUCGCCACGGAAAGAGCACGGUGUGACAUACAUACCUUUCCUGCUGGCAAAUGAACAAUAAAUAGGAAUGGCGAUCCUGGCCGAGGGGCGGCCAGACCUGGCUCCGCUGGGUGAGUUCUCAAAGUCCGACCGAAGAUGGAGGAGGCCACAUUCACGCCCGGGCUGCUGCUCUGUGUGUGUGUGUGUGUCUGCAGGAGCCAGGGUGCCAUCAAUGUUGGUGGAUAAGCUACGGUAGUUUGCGUAUUUUUGUUUGUUCAGCGUCUGUCGAUAGGGUGGGCC